ACUUUUACUUUAUUUUAUAUUGAACAAAGGUGCUAUUGGUGGCUUUAUCGGCUACCAGUAGUCGUUGAAGGUAGUUUACCACAAAAUCGGUUAGAAUACCCACCUAGUGGACCAGUUUCAUCGAAGCAAAAAUGUAAUUGUCACCUGCCGAGGGAUGAUACAUACUAGGUAUACACAUAAAAUAUAAAUAUAAAUAUAAACAUUCUCUCCGAAAUUUGCCACAGAUUAAUUAUACACUUUAGCUUGAAAAAUCAUAUAUCCUCCAAGGGCAUUCCAGUUACCGCUUUCCUAAUCCAAUUUUACUUCUUUGUUUUCAUGAAAGGCGUCUCCUGCCACCUAUACGGCCACCCACUUUGGGAUAAAUACCUUAUCCUUAUGCAUAGCAUAAUGUGCUUAAACGGUGAUUAGAGAUGGAAGUAUGGGAUACAGGAACAAUGUAUUGGAUAGUGCCAUUGUCUCAGAACGACUUGAUGAGAAGGAACGAUCGAAUCAUGUCAAAUCAGACAUAAUGCGUUGGCUCUCGCCAUUGUGCAUUGAAAUAUUUUACACGAAUCCCGGGUUACCAAUUGCUAAAUGACCUGAUUAGGAACUUACAAGCGUAUUGUGAUGGUUGUAAUUACACAUGGCCGUUUUGUGGACACAAAAUUACGUCAUACCAACAAUCUUGCAUACAUCUGGUUGUUCUCGGUUGCAUCAACCAACACAUUUACUGACUACUUUUAAACUUCAGCUUACUCUUGCUGAUAUGACUUGGCCUAUGGCAAUGAUGUACGAAUUGUAAGUGGGUGACAUUCAAUUGUAUAACUCAAACAUGAUUGCUUUAGCCAGGCACCGUAAUCGUUAGCCUAGGCGUACUGCAUAGAAUUCCGAGUCUAGCCGGAUAAUCCUUGGCGGAAAAUCUGGGAAUGGGAAUGGAAUCAUUUUGACUGGUUAGGGAACAAUAAGAUUUACAGGUUAUACCUAAAACGUGUAAAAAAACGACUACCACCACGCAUUUACUAACAGAU